AUGUCUCGCCACGCCGACAAGAUUGGAUCAUUGCUGUUCUGCCCCGAUUGCGGCACCUUGCUCAAUCUGCCGCAGGACGGCCAAUUUCAGGUUACUUGCGAGCAGUGCGCCCAUGUCGAGCCUGCAAGCUCCUAUGAAAACAUCGAGAUUAUCACCAAGUCCCAUCCAGACGCAUUCCCCUCCGCCCUUAGACAGAAGCGGAAGACUCAGACGAAGGAGCACGCCGCAAACGAGGACUUGCUCAAGGUAACUGAAAAGUGCCCCGAGUGCGGACACAUGGAGGCGUAUUCCAAGGAAGCACAGCUGCGGAGCGCAGACGAGGGCUCGACCAUCUUCUAUACCUGCGUCAAAUGCAAGUUCGGCUGGCGCGUCAACAACUAGCGUGCUCCCUGCAUGGUUUUAUCGCACGCCUCGCGUGUGGGCGCAGCACGGAGUGUAUGGGAUUGCUACAAGUAGACACCAGCGUUGCAGAACAUGGCCACGACGCCGAACCCGCCAAGGAGGGACGCGGUGGACGCCACGGCGAGCUCGCGCACGGGAAUUUUGUCCUUCGGGAGUCUGUGGGCGGUGUGCAUGAGCAUGAGGGCAGAGAAUGGCAUACGUGGAGGACUGACGUGGAGAAGUAGAAGGCGAGGGCAAAGGUGGCACCGAGGAGGACGAAGGCGAUGUAGGGGAGGAGGCCGACGGGGAUCAAAGGAGAGAAGGGCGGCGUGGCCUUGUGCAGCGCCUGUGUGUAGCGUAGAGUGAGCAGGAGAAUCACAGGGAACAAGAGAGGAUGCGUGCCUGUAUGCUGGCGUAGUCUGCCAUGGCGGUCGGAGUGGAGGAGGAGCGUGCUGCGCCUGAAUGAGGAGGAGGCGGCCCAGUCUGAC